UACUCCUACCCAUAGCCACCAAGGCAGCAGCCCCGGCUCCUCCUCCAGUCAACUAGUCAAGCAAAAGUACGUACCGCGGCAAUGGACACGGGCCCCGAGCGCAACUGGAACUCGCCGGCAUCCCCGCCGUCCUCGCUCGAGCAGGGGAUGCCGACGUCCCCUGCGUCGCCGACGCCGAAGCGCCCCGCGGGGCGCACCAAGUUCAAGGAGACGCGCCACCCAGUGUUCCACGGCGUGCGCCGCCGGGGUAGUAACGGCCGAUGGGUGUGCGAGGUGCGCGUGCCGGGGAAGCGCGGCGAACGGCUCUGGCUCGGCACGCACGUCACCGCCGAGGCGGCCGCGCGCGCGCACGACGCCGCCAUGCUCGCGCUGUACGGCCGCACCCCCGCCGCGCGCCUCAACUACCCGGACUCGGCGUGGCUGCUCGCCGUGCCCUCCUCCCUCUCCGACCUGGCGGACGUCCGGCGCGCCGCCAUCGGGGCCGUCGUGGACUUCCUGCGCCGGCAGGAGGCGGGCGCUAGCACCGGCGCCGUCACCGAGGUGGCCUCCAUCGACGGGAUCGCCUCCGCCGCGUCGGCACCAGACAAUGCCAGCUCGGCGGCGGCGGCAUCCCACUCCCAGCCGCCAUGCGCCAAUGCGGAGUUCGAGGUGCCGGACGCAUUGUGCCACGACAUGUUCGAGCUCCACACGUCCGGCGAAAUGGACGCGGGCACGUACUACGCGGACCUCGCGCAGGGGCUGCUCCUGGAGCCGCCGCCGCCGCCGUCCAGCGGGGCGAGCUCGGAGCAAGGAGAUGAUGCGGCGCUAUGGAACCACUGAUGAGUGAUAACACCGAGGGACUCCGGUCAAAACUAUCUUCGCUCCGUUGAUUUAUUUCUUUAUUAUUUACUCCGAAAAAGCGCCGCGUACGUGGACGGUGGACCUAUCAUCGGCAUAAUAAAAUCGCGGGACAUUUGGGCGCAUCAAAACCGGUCUCACAUAAACCACAUAUCAAGACCGGUCUCACAUGAACCACAUACUCCUGGACAUAUGAAGGCCGGCAAGAAGAAGUAGGCUUCUUAUUAAAUGAGCUUAUAAAAGACGAUGAACAGGAAAAGCGAAAGGCUGACACGAAUGCCGGCUGUAAAAUAAUGAACCCGCAAGAUGGUCCAGAAAUAGGUGCCGUUGGUUCACGUGCGGUUACCAUAAGGAGCGACGUCCACUAGUUCCUGCAGCUGGAUAUUUCCCCGCUCCGGCCUCCAGGGGGUAAACCGCAAUUGACCCACAAGAUGUGGCCGAGACCCACCCAUGUCAGCCGGUGAAAGCA